AUGGAGAAAUUAGAGUCAUUGAUACAACAGGCAGAGUUGGCAUCUCAUGCCGAGCAGUAUGAUGAGAUUGUGUCAAUCACUCAACGCAUCAUUCAAAUGGUGCCAUCACACAUUGAAUCAUACAAUGUUCAGGGCCACGCCUAUCUCAUGAUGGGCCAGCCCGACAAGGCCCUGAGCUCAUUCACCAACUGUCGCACCUACGUCAUGUUGUUUGCGCAAGAGUCGGACAACGACCCCAAGUUCAAGGACAUCCUGCAGCACGUCCAGGUCAGCAUCGCCAAGUCGCUCAGCAUGCUGGGCCAGAACGAUGCGGCCACCAAGCUACUCGAGUCAGUCUUUGCCAUCGAGCCAAACCAACCUAUACACUACUACCACUUCCUGAUCGACCUGUAUCUCACCAACGACAGCAACAUACCCCUGGGCAUCGAGACGAUCAGGGCGGCCAUGGAACGCCAUCAGGACUGGGACCCUUUGCCACUGUGCGUCAGUCUGAGCAAUGAUCUAGAGAAGAGGAAUGUGCAGACACCACAGCUACUCGCCGACAUCUAUGACAUCAUACUGGAUGCAUAUCCCAAUAUGGAGGAGUACGAUCAGAGUGAAUACAGCAAAAUAUUGUACCAGACGUUGCUUCGACGUAUAAUGCUCCAUGAAAUAUUGUCACCAGACACCUGUAUACAGAGAAUGCUCGACCUGAUGCAUAUCAACCCAGAGGGUGACUUUGGCGUCCAACUCCGAACCCUCCUUCUCGACAAAUUCCCUCACGGCUCCAAGGAGUUGCACGACCUCAUCUCAGACAUUGAAUCAAAUGAGACAUUGUUUGACAAGUUGAAAGAUGAUCCAAUAUUUACAAAGGCAAGACUUGGCAAGUUGGUGGCCACAAUGGAGACAAUGACAAUUGAUGACGCCAGAGCAUACCUUGAGAACCUUGAAAAGGGGACGUCACACUUUGAUAUCAUGAAUGUUCUAUUCGUAUUGAACUAUAUAAUUUUGAUCAAACUGAUGAUUAAGCAAUCAGGCGAGUUGUAUCACAAGGACUUUGUGAAGUUUGUCGAAUGGCUGCCUGGUGGACACUCCAACAAAAUCUUGCGACAGGCACCAAUGAGUGCGGAUCCCAUCGGUGACGCAAAGAUGGUCAAUCAGAGAUGCGAAUGGAUGCUCGUCCAACUGGAUGCCUACACUGCCGUCAAUCAAUCGUCCGCGUUGGCUGACGUACGAUACAUGUAUGACCUGCUGAGAAAGGCGACCGCCGUGCCCUAUGACCAAAAGGCUCCACCAUUCCCCUUCGUGUCGGUCCACAACUCACUGGUCAUCUGUCUACUCGAUCAGAAGUUCAAUCCAUUGGCGCAGCGCUUCGAUCAUUGGGCACCAUUUGCCAAGGUGAAAUGGGACACCCUAGGGCAUCAGCCAUCGAUUGACAAUAUCUUGAAUACGCUCACCUCUUAUUUGCGGUGGGACGAUGAGUUCACUCCAGAGUCUGGUUUGAAGAUGACCAAGCAGGCGAUCGAUGCGAACCCAGAGUACAGCAUUGGUUACCUCGUUCAUGCAUACUUGAUUACAAUCACACACCGAAGAGUCAACAAAGAUAUCAUGGACUUUGUGGACAGGGCACUCAAGUUGGAUCGCUACAGGGAUAUGGCUGAGAGGGAGUAUGGCCAGGUACUGCUGGCAUGUAUCAUUGUCAGUCAGAACCAUAACGAGCAGUCCAUCGAUAUAUUGCUGACAUUGUUGGCAACCAACCCUACACACAAGGAGGCACUUCAUUCACUGGCGAUCGUCUAUCGUGGAACAAACAUGCUCGAUGAAGCCGAGCAACACAUCACCACCAGAGUGCUGCCCGCCUACCCCGACUCUGUUCACGCACGUAUCACUUUGGCUCAAUGUAUUGAACUGCGCGGUGAUCGAAAGAGAGCACAAGAGGUCUAUCAAUCAAUAUACGAUCUCGGAUUUGAGUCUCCAGCAUCAACAUCAGUGCAUAAUCGUAUGAUCCAGGAAGCAAUCUUCAGCAUAGAGAUAAAGAAUCUGUUGGAUGAUCUAAAGGAGUUUGUGAGCAAUAAUAGCCAGAACCCAUCGAUGCCAAUCAAACAGGCCUACGAUCUCAUCACCAACAUCCACAUCGCGCUCAAAGAGGUCGAUCUCUCAAUCAAGUCUGGCGCACAAGGUACACUCGGUAUACAACCGGAGGGUACCCCCAACACAACGAAACAACCCGAGUACCUGAUCACACUGGACUUUGUUAACGAGUCCAAUGCCAUUGCAUUGAAGUCAUUGAUGUCCGAGAACAAGUUCGCCCAAGUGAACGUCUACUAUCUUGUCGUGAUGGUACACACUUUCCUGGGCAAGGUCUACUCGACAGUGCCAGAGCGCUCUACGGAUGCCAUCCGCCACCUACGCAGCGCAAUGUCUUUUGCCAGGCCGGCUCUCCAAGGCGAAGACGACUUUGACAAGAUUGUCAAUGAACUGAGGUCAGUCGCAGCGGGACUGAUUGUGACUCUGCUACACAAUCUCAAACGGUACGACGACAUGAUCACGUUGCCCAGCUUCCUAGCCAGUACGUGCCACAAGAACACUUCACUAUUCAUCAUGCACAGGAAAUUGCUCUCAAUGUGGAACUGGCGCAGGCCGCCCAUAUUCCAAGAGGCGUUGGACUACCUCUACCAGGACAUCUACAAGGUGUACACCACGGCUGCUGAGCGCCAGCCAUUCAAGCAUCCCGAGUUUGUCAUUCUGACUUGGCUAAGCAGGUUCAGGGAGGCCAUUGACGUCUACCAGGAUGUGUUUGCUCUUGGUCAGCCGGCAAAGGAGGAGAUGUUCCGACAGCAAGGCAAGGCGGAGCUUGUCAUCUACUUUUUGACAAUCGCUAGAUUCCUGGGCAUUGAAAGAGUCGAAAGGAUACACAAGUUAGACACAAAGGGCGAGAUUGAUGCCUAUUUGAAGUCGCAACAGGUGAAUAUUCCAUUCGACAAACAGAAUUUUGAAGUAAUGGAGACGUGCGAACAAGCCAUGGCUAGGUCCAAGCAAUGGAUCGAUAUUAUUGCGCCUGUCCUUGUGGAAUUGGCAAAGUCAACUGCACCACCAACAAUAACUCACUACUAUUUAAGCAAUGUAUAUCGAUUGAUGUUCGCCAUACAUGGAUAUGCUGAGUGCUCCAUCGAAGCCACUCCUCAAAUGUCCGAUGAGAUGAAAGACCUUUUCCAAACAGUCCAACUGGAGCUACUUCAAAUAGCAAAGCCUGUACAAGCUGCACAAUAA